GAUGUUUAAAAUGGUGGACGGAGUUAAUUUCCGACAGCGAAAACUCCCCAUGACUAUUAGAAAUACAUUUUAAACAUUAACACAUUAGAAUCCUUAUCAAUAAUGUAGCUACAUACUGUAACAUGGAAAAUUCUUCUAAAUUUGCGCGAAACUACUUUGAAUUAUCGUCAUACCAGAGAAGACUCAGACACUUAAGAUGUCUAGCAUUAAGAAAUUUAUGUUGGCCAGGACACAAAGGAAAAGACUUGACAAAUCUGCAGUCCUACUUUACUCUACAUACAGACAGAAAUGUUCCAGCAUUUUAUACAAGUGAAAAGAUACAGGGAUCUCUGAAUCCAACAUGGCAGAGUUUUGACAUCAGUAGAUAUGAAGACAAUAUCAGUACAAGAACAAGAUUUUUAGUAGUGAAGGUAUGGGUUGGUAUAAAGGACAAAUUUGACCUAUUGAUUGAUUGGGAUGUAAAUCUAAUGGGACUGGUUUUCUUUGCUGACAAGCUUCAGCAAGACACAGUAAAGUAUGCUUCUAAUUCUCUUAUAUUUGGGAUGUUUGACAAAUAUUUUACUGCUCCUGAAGUAGACUUGACAAAGAAACCAGAGUUAGCUGGAAAUGUGAUGAAAAUAGAUUCAGCUGCAGUCAGAAACUCCUACAGAGCACUUUCUGUUUCCAGAAUUUACACAGUCCUGAGAGCAACAAAACAGACCCAGGCUACUGUUAACAAGUACCAUAGUAAAAUUGAAGAUAAACUGUUGUCAUCUCAAGAAAAAUCCCAAAAGCUAUCAAGUAGAGAAGCUUUAAUAAUGAAGAGAGAACAGAUGAGAAGUGAGUUAACAUGGCAGAUGUCAAGACUACAGUUAGCUAAAGAUGAUCUCGAUAAACAGAAAAAUAUCAGUCAACAAAAAGAAGAAGAGAUAAAUGAAAGAUUCCUCCAGUUAAAGAAAAAGAGAGAAGAUUUAUGUGAGAGCAAGAAAAGUUAUAAUCAAACAAGAGAAAAUUUUAUCAAAGAAGAAGCACAGUGGAAGAUAAGAAGAAAACAGUUGAUUAGCGAGUUGGAAACCUAUGUUUAUCCUAUUACAGAGAACAAAAAGAAAGACUGUUUUAUUUGUCAUGUCAAGUUACCAGAUUCAGAAAGUUUUCAUGGUUGUGAUGACACACAGGUAGCUGUUGCCCUUGGUUACACAGCUCAUAUGGUUACAAUGAUGUCACACAUUCUUGAUGUACCUUUGAGAUAUCCUAUAGAACAUAGGAGUUCAAGGUCACAGAUUAUGGACCAUAUACACCACAAGCUAACAGAUAAAGAUAAUACAUUCCCACUUUACUCAAAAGGCAAAGAAAAGUUUUACUUUAACUAUGGUGUAUAUUUGCUGAACAAAGAUAUUGGUCAGCUUAGAUUUUAUUGCGGAAUGGGGACAGCUGAUUUACGGACCACUUUACAAAAUAUCAAAACAUUAUUAGAACUUAGACUUGGAACGAAAGUAGAAAACCAGAAUAGACUCCACAAACCAAAUAGUGAUAUUAAAGAUAAAAAUUACAGUGAUAUUGACACUCAUAGCUCUCUAGCUUCUGGAGGUAGAUUAAGUGCACCAGACAGUACAGAUAUGGUCACAAUAGAAAACGUCUUGGCAGGAACCAAAACAGAAAGGUUGAAAAGAGAAAAUGACAGUUUUUCAAAUCUUAGUUCUGUAAAUUCUAAUGCCAACAGACAAACUUUGGAGGACCAAGAUUCAGCAGACAUUCACUUUCAUCCUUCACCAGAUGACAAUUUUUUCAAAAUUUCAAAUCCUGUCUCCGAUAAAUCUGACCUUUUCAAUGAUAUUGAUGCUAUUGAUAGUAGCUUAAAAGUUACAGAACUAGUUGAUUUUAGUGAAUUUGGAAUCAACCAUGCCCAAUAUGAUAGAAAUAAUUCUUUAGAUGUUAAACCCAGAACCGAUUCUGAUAUGACCACAAACAGUGGAGAGUAUUUUGGCGGCAAAAAUUUAAUAUUAGAAAGUCAAAUGUCAACUCUUUCAACUACAGAUUAUCACCAGAACCAUUCCGAUUUUAAGAAAUUUUUAAGUAUAGGUGCAAGUGACAUGCAUUCCGUGGACGAUUCUCAUGAUCAGAAUGGAUCAAAAGAUUCUAGUCAAAAAACAUUUACUGAACCAUUAGAAGAUGGAUCCUAUGAAGACGACCAUAAUUUGGAGGAUUCGUAUAUUGACAAAAAAUUAAAUGUACCGGUAGAUACAAAUCAGACUGAUUCUUCUGCUCAAAGAGGAGAUUGCAAUAAGAAUGUUUUGCAUAAUACAGAACCAAAUGAUAUUUCUAGCAAAACCUGUGAUGAAUUCAUUUCUGUGGUUUCCAAUGAGGAUGAGGAAUUCCCAGAAAUCCAAAGAACCUUUAAGACAUUGUCAUUUAGACAAACAACUGAGAAACCUGAUGAUAUAGAAUCUUCAUGUGCAUCAGAAAAUAUUCCGGAUAGCUUGUGAUGUUCAAUGAUUUUAGCUUUAUAAAUAUUCAGAAUAUAA